CAUCCUCAUCCUCAAACCUCAACUUUCCCAAUCAGUCCCUUACUCUCUCAUCCCUACUCCAACUCAGCCUCAUAACAAUGGCUAGAUCCUCCAUUCUCUUUCUACUUCUUGCCCUCUUCGCCCUCACCGCCAACUCUGCUUCCACCACCACUGCCUCCAACUUCGUCAAAACCUCAUGCAGCACCACCACCUACCCUGACCUCUGCGUUCAGUCCCUCUCAUCAUUCUCCACCGCGAUCCAGCAAAGCCCUCGCCAGCUGGCGCAGACCGCCCUCUCCGUCAGCCUCACCCGAGCCCAGUUCGCCAAGUCCUUCGUCACCAAGCUGACCAAGUUCAAAGGUUUGAGCCACAAGGAGUACGAGGCCAUCGACGACUGCCUUGAGGAGAUGGGUGACAGCGUCGACCGGCUGAGCAAGUCCGUGGACGAGCUGAAGAAGAUGGGGAAGUCAUCCAAGGGCCAGGAUUUCUUAUGGCACAUGAGCAAUGUCGAGACUUGGGUCAGCGCUGCGUUGACUGACGACAACACUUGCCUUGAUGGGUUCUCCGGGAAGGCCAUGAAUGGCAAGAUCAAGGCCUCCAUUAGAGCUCAGGUGCUUAAUGUUGCUAAGGUUACUAGUAAUGCUCUGGCCCUUUGCAACCACUUUGCCUCCAAAUACUGAGAUAUGCAGACCCUGUAGUUGAGUUUGUCUUUAUGAUUAAGAACUAUAUAUAUGGUUUUGAUGCGUAGUAUAUGUAUACCCCAGUCAGUAUUUUAUAUAUAUGACAAUAUGAGAUGUAGAAUUUGUGUUACAAGUGUUAAUUUUGUGUUAA